UUCCUCCCUCAAAUUGCCACCUCUCUCUUGCUCCCUCUCUCCAUUUCCCUCCUUCUUCUCAGUGAGAAUUCCUCCGUACCUGUCUGAACAGGGAGAGCCGGGACGCCGUGGGGCAGAGGGAAGAGAAAGAAAGAAGGAAAGAAAAAAGAAAGAAAGAAAGGGUGCUGAGGAAAACAAAACAAAGGAACUUAAGAGAAAGCAGAGUAGGAGGGACGUAUUUAAAGAGCGCAAACAGGGAAGCAGUGAACACGCUCAUCGAGGUCAAGAGCCUUCACAUUUUGCCUUUUCCAACCCCGUUCCCUGCUGGGCUGCUUUUUUAACUUUCUGAGACCCGCGGCUAUUUUCGAUCCGUCAGUUUCCCGGGUGGUUUAGGAUGGAUGCCAUCAUGCUGCAGGAAAAACUGGUGGAACGUCUGCUGUGUCCUCGAGUGAGAACGGCCCGGCAGAAGGAGAAACAGUACGUGGGCUUUGCCACUCUGCCCAACCAGGUCCACAGGAAGUCUGUGAAGAAAGGCUUUGACUUUACGCUGAUGGUUGCAGGAGAGUCUGGUAUGGGAAAAUCAACUCUGGUCAACAGCCUGUUCCUCACAGACCUCUACAAAGACAGGAAGUUACUGAAUGCUGAGGAGCGUAUUAACCAAACCGUGGAGAUCAUCAAACACACUGUAGACAUCGAGGAGAAAGGUGUGAAGCUCAAGCUGACCAUCGUGGACACGCCGGGGUUCGGAGACGCCGUCAACAACAACGAGUGCUGGAAGCCGAUCACAGACUACAUAGAUCAGCAGUUUGAACAAUACUUCAGGGAUGAGAGCGGGUUGAACAGAAAGAACAUCCAGGACAACAGAGUUCACUGCUGCCUCUACUUCAUCCCUCCCUUCGGACAUGGGCUUCGUCCUGUGGACGUUGAGUUCAUGAAGGCUCUGCAUGAGAAGGUGAACAUAAUUCCUCUCAUCGCCAAAGCUGACUGCCUGACGCCCAACGAGAUCAAAAAGCUUAAAGACAGAAUACGAGAGGAAAUAGACAAGUUUGGGAUCAAAGUGUACCAGUUUCCCGAAUGCGACUCAGAUGAGGACGAAGAGUUUAAACAACUCGACAAAGAGCUGAAGGAGUGUACCCCGUUCGCUGUGAUUGGCAGCAACACAGUGGUGGAGGCUCGAGGACAAAGAGUGAGAGGAAGACUGUACCCCUGGGGGAUUGUCGAAGUGGAAAACCAGUCACACUGCGACUUUGUGAAACUGAGGAACAUGCUGAUUCGUUCACACAUGCACGACCUCAAAGAUGUAACCUGCGACGUCCACUAUGAAAACUACAGAGCGCAGUGCAUACAGGAGAUGACCAGUAAACUGGCUCAGGACAACCGUAUGGAGAGUCCCAUCCCCAUCCUGCCGCUGUCUACUCCAGAUGUGGACACUGAGAAACUAAUCAAAAUGAAAGAUGAGGAGCUGAAGAGGAUGCAGGAGAUGCUGAACAAGAUGCAGCAGCAGAUGCACGAGAAGGACCAGUGAUGCCCCUCAGAGCAGAGCUGCGCUGCAGCACCACCUGCUGUUUCCCCCCUCGAAUGACAGUGAGACCUUCAGACUCUGAACAUGAUAUCGACUCUGGCUGUACAUUUAUCUUCAGUUUGGUGCUUUGUAUAGUUUGUCGGCCUGGAAGGUUUGUUUUUUCUCUGAAUCUUGCCCACUUUGAGCCCCUCGCUGUGGUCUUAACAUAUAUAAUAUAAAUGCGUAAUUUAAAUAACUUGCUCAGUGUAUCUAAUUUAUAAAUGCGAUGCUAAACUUUUUGGAUAUAAUGUCAGGGUUUGUGCUGCGAGAUGUUUUGUAAAGUUUUUGGUGGAUGUUUAGAUUUGAACAUGGAUAUUGUGUUUUUAUUAAUGCGUGCGUUUGGGUGUGUGAGUGUGUGCAUUUCAUGGAGUUUCCCUUCCGUAUCACCAGGUAUCCGUCCAUAAAUCUCCCGUUUGUCCUUAAAAAGGUGCCACAGUGACUUCUCUUUCCGUCAUUUAGCGUUCCUCUCACACAGUCAGUCAAAAUAUCCUCUCCCAGCAUUUUUUUUCUAAUACGCCGGCUGAGCUGAAAAUGCACUUAUUGCCAGUGACUAACUGUGAAUGGAGAGCCUCUGACUUAAUGAGAGGGUUCGUGCAGUCCGGGGUGCAUGUGUAAGCAUGCUCACUCAUAUCGCUAACGCUGUGGGCCUAUUUUUUUACUGCUUUAUAGCUGAUGCCCUGUGCUUGUAUUAAAUGCCCCUACGGUGUGCUUCGUUGCCAUUGCAAGAAUGGUAGAUCAGUAACGAGGAGCUAACACUGGCUCCGUGCUCCUCUUUUAAAUUUCUCUCCUUGGAAGUGAGAUAUGCCUUCAAAGUUGUGUAACCUACAUGUGAGUUAAGAUCAUCUGAGUGUGUGUGUGUGUGUAUGUGUGUGCAGAUGCUGAUGACCUGUACAUAUUUUGCCUGAAGGCUGUGAGCUCAGCCUGUGACCCAUUUACAAAGGUGUGGCAAAUAAACUCAUGUUUCUCGUCA